GAACAAAGUGAUCAGGAAGCGCUUAGUGAUUAUUGUCUGUGAUUGGAGCAUUCUUUUAGAUUCUUCAUAGAUCCAGAAGUAUUUAUCAAUCAGGAACGAGAUUCAGUGGAAAAUCUAUUGAUUUCGGAACGCAGCCAUAGUGAACGCAAUCAUAGUUGUUUAUUCAUGAACGAUAAAAAUCUGCCUUCAUAAUUGGAAAGAAGAAAAUAAAGAGACAAUAUGAUGGAUGCACGAAGACGCGAAAGAGAAUUGAUAGGAUUACGUGGGGUUUCUGGAGCUUGGAGUAAAUCUCCUACGCGAAUAGAAUAUAGCUCAGAUGAAGAGAACGAAGAUCUAACUAAACACAAUGGUGACAUCUCACCAAAGGAUGGCAAGAGAAAGAAACAUGAUAUGAAGAAAAAGAAAAGUAAAAAAUUAAAAAGAGAGAAGAAAGAAAGAAAGGCAAAAAAGGAGAAGGAGAAAAAAAGGAAGAAGAAAAAAAAGAAAGCAAAGAAGGAAACAGAAAGUAGUUCUGAUGAUAGCAGCAGUAGCGGUGAUGAAGAAGUUUGGGUAGAAAAAACAUUAAUUACCAAUAAGAUAAAAUCCAAAAAGGGUUCUAGUUCAGAUGAUAGUGGAGAUGACGAUGUAGUUGGACCUGCACCUAAACCACAUGUGACUUUAUCUGCAAAAGAUUUUGGUAAAGCAUUAUUGCCAGGUGAAGGUGCAGCAAUGGCAGCUUAUGUAGCUGAAGGCAAACGUAUACCUAGGAGAGGAGAAAUUGGUUUGACUUCAGAAGAGAUUGCAGCUUAUGAAUCUGUUGGCUAUGUCAUGAGUGGUAGUAGACAUCGUCGCAUGGAAGCAGUUCGUAUUCGUAAGGAGAACCAGAUCUAUUCUGCUGAUGAGAAACGUGCUUUGGCAAUGUUCAGCAAGGAAGAACGGCAGAAGCGAGAGAAUCGUAUAUUGGGACAAUUCAGGGAGAUGGUUAACCAGAAGCUGGCACAGGAGCAGAAGAAUAAGUGAAUUCUAUUUGUACAAAUCUUGACGUGCA